GCAACACUAAUGGAUUAACAAUUUAACAUGAUGCCAUGUUCUCUGAUUGCCCCAGCUUUUUUUUUGCUUUCUCUCUCCUCCCCCAUACCUAAAUCUCAGCGUUGUCUCUCCUCUUUCUCGCCGAUCCAUCGGCCUCUAUGGCAGGAAUUACUCAACAAGAGGCGUUCAACCGAUAAUCGAAUUACACUUUUCCGACGAAAUCGAUCGAAAGCUCGUCGCAUCUCCCAAUAUUCGAAUUCAGAAUCACUCACUUUUAAGAUUCUUUGUGGUAUUUCUCAGUGUACUGGGUGGCCUUCUGUAUUUGCUGUUGUGGGGAAUUGGUUUGGAAAAUCUAAGAGAGGACAAAUGCUGACAGAUUCUGAUUGUCAAGGAUGAGUUUCUCACUCACGGUGAUGACCUUUAACCUCCACGACGAACAACCUGUUGAUAGUUUGAAUUCAUGGGAAAAGAGGAAAGAUUUGUGCAUCAGCGUGAUAACCAGUUAUUCACCAACCAUCUUAUGUACUCAACAAGGCUUGAAGUUGCAGUUGGACUAUCUUCAGCAGGGAUUACCUGGUUACGGUCAUUUUGGCAUAUCUAGAAAGGGAGUUGAAGACACUUCAGAUGAGCAUUGUGCUGUCUUUUUCGACAAGGAGAAGGUAGAGCUGGUAGAAGGCGGAACCUUUUGGUUAUCAGAUUCACCUUCUAUCCCGGGAAGUAUAUCAUGGAAAGCAGUAGCUCCCUGCAUUGCGACUUGGGUGACAUUUCAGCUUAAGGGGGUUGAGCCUCCUGGUUUUUCCUUCCAGAUUGUAAACACAAACAUGGAUGAGUUCAGUCCUCGUGCGCGCCGAAGAGGUGCUUUACUCACAUGGCAGCAUAUUGCAUCAUUACCUCCCAGCUUGCCAGUACUUUACUGUGGAGGGUUUAAUACAAAAAAGGAAUCAACUACAGGACGUUUCCUUCUUGGGAGAUCAAGAGAGCACGGUGUAGUAGGUGAUAUGAGAGACACGUGGCCAAAUGCACGGGUGAGAAAAAAUGGAUCCUUAAUCCGCACUUAUCAUGGAUUCAAAGGUAAUAAACAAGGAGCUGUGGAAUUUUUGAAGUUGAUUUUUAGGGCGCUUUGUCUCUGUUGGGAUCGUCAAACUCAGGAUCUCCAUGUGGAUUGGAUUUUGUUCAGAGGAAGAUCUUUGAUACCAGUACUAUGUGAAGUUGUGAAUGAUAAUAUUGAUGGGUGUUACCCGUCCUCCCACUAUCCAAUGUUUGCUGAAUUUAUGCUCCCUCGUUCUGUUAGAUUGACUGAAACUCCAUCCCGCAAUGAGAGCUGAGCAAGCAGUAUUGUUUGAACUCUAUCAUUCUCUCUUUUUUUUCAAUUUAUUUUUUUAUUGAACACACGAUUACCACGAAGACUUAAGAUAUAGUGUUCUAGUUUUCUAUGCAUGUUGUGCGUGCUUGUAACAUAAAAACGCACAGACAAUAAUAUGCAAUCACUAUUUACGCCGUUCAGGCAUUGAUAUUAUUGGUUUGAGAGAGCAUUUUUGGGGAAAGAUGAGUAGGCAUUUUAUUAA